AAACCCAUUCUAUCCCCAGAAUCUCCAGAAUCUUCAUCUCUGAAACGGCUCCCAUCUUCACGUCCUUCCACUUCUCUCUCCUGUCCUAAUCGGAACGCCCGUUUUCUCGCUUCGAAUCGCUGCGGCGGCGGCGGCGAUGAGUUUGGCUUGACCUUCGAUUCGCCGCAGCAAUGGAGGCCUCUGCUCUGACCACCGUCGCCAGCAUCGCCACCCCGGCGCGCAACGGCGGCAAGUCAUUCGUUGCUGGCUCCGGUCCGUUUCCACACCGGAGGAAGAGCUUCCGGUUGCGGAGGAGAUUCGAGAGGCUCACGGUUCUCGCCUCCAAUGAGGAGCCGAAGCUCAAUCAGUGGGACGAGAUGGAGCUUAAGUUCGGCCGCAUGCUUGGCGAAGAUCCGAAAUUGACUAUGGCCAAGAUAAUGGGGAGGAAAGCAAAUCCAGAUGCUUCUUAUGUUGAAAUUGAGAAAUCAUUCUACAAGAAAAAGGGUGAUAUCAAGGAGGUGCCAUUUGAAGGGACGGACAAGGGAAAGUCGUCUGGCUCUUUAGAUGGUUUGAAUUUGGUUCGGCCUGUCCCCAAAAAAGGCGUGAAAUUCCAGAGCGAUAAGCCAACGGCAUCAGAACUGAGGAGGCCGACACCAUUGGUUGAGAAGUCUAAAGAUAGUCCGAAGAGUAGCGUUCCUGAUGUCAUAUUGAGGAAGCCGACUGUGUUUAAUGAGGAUGAUGUUGAAGAUAAGCCAUCGAAGUUGAGAAUUAAGCGGAACUUGUCACUACGAAUGAGCAACCAGCAGGCGAUGAAGGAGAGAUUCAGUGACAUGACAUUGUUGAGAAAGCCUGAACCAACUAAUGUCAAUAGUGAUCUUUCCAGAGAAGUAGUACCUACAAAUGACUCCGGAUCUCUGUAUGGUGAAAAUAGUGAACUGCAGAUGCGAAAUGAGGAGAUAAACAUUGAUCUAAACGAUUUUACACAAAUAAAGAAGCCCGAGGCUGUGACUGAUAGGCAUGGACAAGUUGACUACGCUCUUUCCACAGAGGAGAAAGAUUUGCAAUCUGUAUCUGGGGAGGCAAGUGCAAGUAGAGGAGAAUUUGAAGCAUCUACAACAAGUGCUGAUGUAGCUCUCUCUAGAAUUGAACCAAAGGAUAAUUUUGUCUUAGGAUCACAGCUGCAUGAGCAGAACCAUGCUGAUUCUGAUGUCAAUUUUGGUCCGACAGCCGCACUACAGGGGAAACCAAAGAGAAUGGUUGAACAUGUUGGAGGAAUCUCAAACAGUGACAGAGUGGAGACACCAACCCCAACGUUUGACAGCCACACUGAUGAUUUUAAACUUGGGAGUGUCUCUACCCCUGAAGUUGAGGACCGUGAAGAUGCUGAUUGGACCCGAGCUGAACAUUUGGUUAGGACGGGAGAAAGAGAAGAAGUGGAGUUACUAAGCUCUAGCACUAGAGGUUUUGUUGUGUCUUUUGGUUCAUUGAUAGGAUUUUUGCCAUGCCGCAGUCUUGCCACCAGGUGGAAGUUCUUAGCAUUUGAAUCAUGGCUAAGUCAGAAAGGAUUAGACCCAUCAAAGUACAGGCAAAACCUUGGUGUUAUAGGAAGUUAUGAUGUUAUGGACAAAAGUAGUUCUACUGGCAGACAUCUAGAUCCAGAAGACGUUCCACCAAUAAGCAAAGGAAUCUCACCAGAUAUGAAAUUGGAAGAUCUUCUUAGGAUUUAUGACCAAGAGAAACUCAAGUUCUUGUCUUCAUUUGUUGGACAGAAAAUCAAGGUUAAUGUGGUAGCGGCUGACAGAAAGUUUAGAAAGCUACUCUUUUCUGUGAAGCCCAGAGAAAAGGAGGCAAUCAUCGAGAAGAAAAGAAGUCUCAUGGCCAAACUUCGCGUUGGGGAUGUUGUCAAAUGUUGUAUUAAGAAGAUCACAUACUUUGGUAUUUUCGUGGAGGUUGAAGGCGUGCCUGCACUAAUUCACCAGACAGAAGUGUCAUGGGAUGCUACAUUGGAUCCUAUGUCCCAUUUUAAAAUUGGUCAGGUUGUGGAGGCCAAAGUUCAUCAACUGGAUUUCACACUUGAACGUAUUUUCUUGUCACUGAAGGAAAUUAUGCCUGAUCCGCUGAUUGAGGCCUUGGAGUCAGUGGUAGGUGAUGGCAAAUCCUUCGAUGGCAACCUGGAAGCUACGCAAGCAGAAUCCGAGUGGGUUGAAGUGGAGUCGCUUAUCAAGGAGCUGCAACGGAUUGAAGGAGUGCAGACUGUGUCAAAAGGUCGUUUUUUCUUGAGCCCGGGCUUGGCUCCAACAUUCCAGGUUUAUAUGGCGUCCAUGUUUGAAAAUCAAUACAAAUUACUGGCUCGAUCUGGAAACAAAGUACAGGAGGUAAUAGUUGAGGCAUUGUUAGACAAAGAAGAAAUGAAAUCCAUGAUAUUGACGUGCACCAACCGAGUUGAGUAGCUUGCUCAUCCUUUCUCAUAAGGACAUUGCAAUCACUCUGAUGGUAAAUAUCAUCCAUCUGGUAAGUGUAUCCACCAAAAUACUAGCAGAAACGGGCAUAUGAACUUGGAAAUGCACUUUCAGUCGGAUGCAGCUUUUCAAGACGAGUUUUUGCCGUCUGUCUGGUUGUGAGGUAUUGGGGAUUAGAUACGUUUUUCAAAUCCGUUUGAUGGCGUAUAGAAUCUUUCAAAUUCUUCAAAUUUCAAAGAAUCCAUAUCAGGUUCACACUGGAAGAUCAAAUUUGUAAUGUAUUCCCUUUGAGAGCGAUGUCUAAUUGAAAAGAUCGGCAAAAUGGUCUUCAUUUGGAUCCAUAGAAGGAGGCGGGUUCAUUUGUCGUUCCCAUACAUCUACACAGAAUUAAGGGCUUGAUGCUUCCCAUUCAAAUUU